CAUGCCAGCGAAACACACAGCUGGGAAGGCAGCAUGCUUCCAUCGCUCUGACAGACACAGAGGACAUAGGAGUGCAUCACUUGCUUGACCUGCUGGGGCGGAACAAGGCUAAAGCCGUGAGCCCACUCUGGGAGAAACAUGGGAAACGAACAGUCGACUGACACAGAACCGACCCAGGUAAACUCAGACUCAGUGUGCAGCACACCUGCAAAAGAAAACAACUCAUUUCAGAAUGGGACAGUUCAUGAGAAGCAUGAAAAUGGACCAGUGAACGGCCUGUCUACGACCAUCACAGCUAACGGACUGGAGAUUAACGCAAAAAAUGACAUCUCAGUCGUUCAGAAUAGCGAGCCUCCAUCUUCAAAGCCUGGGACUGAAACAGCCGACGGUGCAGCGGUCAAAAGCGAUGUUCAAACCGCCGUCACUGACACGGUUUCUGAAGUUAUCGAAAAAGUCUCAGAAAUCAUUGAAAGCAGCUCCAAAAGCACAGAGAUGGUCUUCGAGGAACAGGUCAAGAAAGGCAAAGAGGAGAAAAGUCGUCUUUUUGGCAAACUGUUCCAAAAGAAAACAGAUCGUCCAGCUGAUCACGAGAAGGUGAAAGAAGAAACAAAGGACACUUCAGGGGAAGAUCAAAUGGAUGUGAGUGAGUUUCCUGCUGCGCCACAGCAGGAUACAGUCGAUCCAAAACAAGAAUCUGAAUCGGUGCCUGAGCCCAGCAGCUCAAAGACCGCAGAACCCAAACCGGAGGAAGAACCAGAACCCGAACCUGAGAACGGAGACGUUCACCCCGCAGAGAACCAAGAGGAGAAAAACCCAGAGGAGAAUUCAGUUAUGAACUUCUUCAAAACACUGGUUACCACUAAAACUGCCAAAAAGGAAACAGCUGGUCCUGAUGCCACAAAAGAUCAGUUUCCGAAGGAGACCCAACCUGCAGCAACAACUACUGUUGCACAAAUAUCUGAACCACCUUCUGCACCUAAAGGAAUGCCUGCCCCUCCGCCACCUCCUCCUGAACCUCCAAAAAUGGACACCAAGGGUGAACCAACGACCAAACUCAUAGAGUCAACACCAAAAGACGAAGCUAAAGCGGCUGCAAAACAACCCGAGGCCUCAAAAGGAAAAUCAGCUAAAGAUACUUUCAGUAAAUUCUUUCACCCAAAGGUUCUGAUAGGAGUCAAGAAACCAAAAGGUGCUUCAACAAGUGGAGCCAAUAUCAAGCCUCCUAAAGGGACAAACAAGGACUCACCACAGCCAGAUAUUGAAGUUGAAGUACAGCCAGGUAUAGAAGUGAAGGAGACAUCACUGGAGAUGCCAGAGCCAGUUUUAGAAAUGCAGAUGAUUAAAAAACAGGUUGAACUUCAAGAGGCUGCAGUUGAGGUGGGACAACAUGCUCUAGAAGAGCAGAAGGUGGAUUCUUCCAAAGCUGACACUCUGGAGGCGGCUGCAAAGCCAGAAUCACCGCCACCCGUUCAAGAAAAGAAGAAAGCAGCUUCAAAAUCAUCCUUCACGUCUCUCUUCAAGUCCAAAGUAUUGUUAGAUCACAUGAGCACAUAUGUCCAAGCAGCCUCCACAAGUGGAGCUCGGCUUCUCAGAAAAUCGACAGGCCUGAGUGCUGAGCCCAAGAAAACCACCCUGGCCCCUCCUGCAGCUGAAGCAGAGGCAGCUCCGGCCAUCAAAGCCAAGGACGAGCCUAAAGCCGCAGCCAAACAUUCAGAGGCAGCUGUCGAUAACAAACCAGCAUCGGCGGCCUGUCCAGCUGGAGAUGAUGCAGCCAGUGUGCCCCGAAAACUGGAGAAGAGGAAUUCUAUCCAGCUGUUCUUUAAAAAUCUGGGUCAGAAACGCCACUCUACAGACGCCGGGGUCCAGACAGAACCGAUGUCUGCAGCUUCUGCAUCUGAGAAAACCAAAUGAAUCCUUUGGGCUUCCCUGUACAGACCCUCCCCUAACUCUGUGUUAAUCGUCUUUAACAACUUUAUAGAACCAAAAGGAAAAUCAUUGAUAAUGGAAAACUAAAGGGAAGUAAACAGAAAACUAGUUAGCAACUAGAGGCCUUAAUGGUAACCUUGUUGGGAUGAAUCUAUAUUUUUGAUCACAUAAACAUCCUGAUAAGUGCAACAAUCUGAGAGUGACGCAUUUUCUACAGACAUUUAGCCCUUAUUUGACUUCCUGUUUUAUAACAUAGUGGACUUUUGCAAUAUAUAAUACUUUGCUUCUCUUUUUAAUGUUCACCCGGCAAAAUUUGCAACACUAAAUAAUUUAUAUUUUUGCAAAUGAUGUUAGCAAAUGGAAUGACUUUGGGUAAUGUAGUUGGUAAAUGACCAGCCCUGGACAAAGCUGCAGUAGGGAGCGUGUUUAUACAGCAGACUGUGUUUAGAUGUAUUUACAUGUAUUUUAGCAGUCCAGUAAUCCACACAAGAAAAUCCUAAACUUUGCUUCUUUUGAGGGAACUAAUUGUAAAUACUAAUGUUAAGAAAUCCCUUGGGAAAUUGCAGAAUCUUGUGCUAAUGUGUCCUUGUGGUAUAAUUUCAGACCAGUCAGUGUCUAAAUCUACUAAUUUACCAUCUCAUAGAGUUUGUCAUCUACGUUUGCCAUUUGUACUGUAUGUACCUCUAAAAUCAUGCUUCUGUACACUUGUAUGCAUCCCUGUAGGUUGAGCUUUGUUUUUGGAGACAUAAUAAAUAUGUUCUCUCUC